AGGCAGGUGGAUUCCUCACAAGGCCGUUCGAAGAAGCAGAGAAACCUAGCGUACAUCAAUAACUUUAUAGGAACUAAGGGAAUUAGAAAUCUAGUUAGUAUGAAAGACACAUUAACACACAUCGUGCGACUGGCUAUGAGAAAAGUGAGGUUGGUCGAGGAAGCUGCCAUAUUUGAGCGAGUGACCAACGCCCCCUGCCAGAUACCAAUGCACACCCUAGCGGAUGUUUAUGAACAUUGUAUGCCGAAUGACUGCUGGUUGAUUAUCAACGAUAAAGUAUAUGAUGUCACAGAGUUCCUGAAAGAGCACCCUGGUGGUGAGGAGAUAAUACUUGAAUAUGCCGGUCGCGACGCAACCCUGCCGUUCUAUGGAACCGGACAUAGUUCGGACACUGUCCGAGAAAUGGAGAAGUACUGGAUUGGUUUAAUAGUGGAG